GAAUCCAACAAAAACUCCGACUAUGACAAAUGAUGUAGAGAAGGAGAACAUCUUGAGCAGAGUACAUAUUUCUAAUGACCAAAUCUAAAUAGCUGCGUGCCGCUUAAUACAUUUGCCUAUUUUUCUCAUUUCGUCGCAGUCGAGCUCAAUGCCUCAUCUUUUGACCUACAUAGAUACCCAAAAUUCGAUUUCAAUUCUGAGAUAUUCAAUAAAAACCGAAAAAUGUCGUCUCGUGCUAACUUGACACACUCUGAAAAUUGCUGUAAGUGCGACAACUGGCCAAAGAGGUUUCAGAUCAGAAUGCGUUUGACACACGUACAUUAGCCUGUCCCAUUUUGAGGUCAUGUCGAGGAAUUUCAGGUGCUCACUUCUUAAAUGAUAGAUUAUGAUGUUAGGAACAAUGUUUUCUUAGACAAGAAAAAAUAAUAAAAUACUUUCUCGCACCCCCUAGUCGAUUUACUGAAAAAAGUCACUUUUUUGAACAAAUUUUCUAAAAUCGCUUGGAAUCAAUACAAAAACUGUUUCGAUCAGGUGUGUAUUAUCUUCAAACGAUAGGUUUUUGUCCAUAGAUUAAGAUGCACUAUCAAUAUUGGACCAAAAUUUAAGUUUUUGGACUCUCCCAGGCGGAUUUGUGUCGAAAAAAUCGCAUUUUUUCGAAACUUUUUUCAGAAAUGUUCAUUUAAUUUAGGGUAGCCUAUUUUUCCCAGUAAAACCAAUACAUGCAGCUUGUAGGAAAUUUCAUGGCGAACAUUUUUCCCUCUGAGAAAAUGCAAUUUCGACACUCCAGAGCCGAGAUAUUUGAGUUUUAGUGAGGAAAAAAGUGCCAAUUUUCAAAAUUUCUCAGAAUUCAGAAGCAAGGCCUACUAAUUACACGAUGUAGCAAGCAUAUGUCUCAAAGGUCAAGGUAUGCUUUUUUAUAGUAAUUUUGGCGGCUGAAUCCAAAUCUGAAAUCAAAUUUCGUGUAAACAGUGAUGUUUUGGAGCUACACCCUUUUGGAAUGUUAUUUGCGUGUUUAAGAGGCAGUUUUUGUAAAUAUUACUCGGUUUGUUCUAGAGGUCGUAUCGAGGUGCUCCGAUUUGGAUGAAACUUUCAGCGUUUGUUUGUCUAUACAUGAGAUGAACUCAUGCCAAAUAUGAGCCCUCUACGACAAAGGGAAGUGGGGUAAAACGGGCAUUGAAGUUUGAGAUCCAAAAACAUAAAAAAUCUUAAAAUUGCUCGCAUUUUAGUAAAACUUCAUCAUUUCAAAACACUCUUAGAUGCAUUCGAAAGGUCUUUAGAAGCACUUCAAAAUGAGCCAUAGACAUCCAGGAUUAGUUUAACUUUUUCUCAUAGCUUUUGCGGGUUUCGCCUCGUAAGCGGAAGGUGAUGGGUUCGAUUCCUGUCUGGCUCGGCAAAGUCAGAUCCCUUAAAAGAGUAAAUAUGCUCACUGGGAAUACUGACCGGUAGGGGAUGGGUUUCGACUAGCGGCGUGCUGGGUUUCCAAUCCAGAGGUCGUGAGUUCGAUUCUCGUACCGGGAUGAUGAAAAAAAAAAAUUACUGUUAAAAAUGGAUUUUUUUAAAACCUCAAAAUCUUUUUGCAACAGCCUCCAACACCCAUACUCUUUUAGCUCAAAAGUUAGGGAAUUUCAUGGACUAUAAUCCUACGGUAAUAACUUUUUGGCCAAUCGCAGUUUUUCUCAUAGUUUUUCGAUUUUUCUAUAAAAAACAUUUUACAACGUUAGUUAUUGUCCCUACAGCAUCCAUAGCGGCACUUUUUAGUCUCAAUUUUGUCAUAUUCGAAAUCCUUGGAAACUUCAAACUUCAAUGCCCGUUUUACCCCACUUCCCUCAUCUCAUCUCAUCUCAUCCAAAUCGGAGCACCUCGAUACGACCUCUAGAACAAACCGAGUAAUAUUUACAAAAACUGCCUCUUAAACACGCAAAUAACAUUCCAAAAGGGUGUAGCUCCAAAACAUCACUGUUUACACGAAAUUUGAUUUCAGAUUUGGAUUCAGCCGCCAAAAUUACUAUAAAAAAGCAUACCUUGACCUUUGAGACAUAUGCUUGCUAUAUCGUGUAAUUAGUAGGCCUUGCUUCUGAAUUCUGAGAAAUUUUGAAAAUUGGCACUUUUUUCCUCACUAAAACUCAAAUAUCUCGGCUCUGGAGUGUCGAAAUUGCAUUUUCUCAGAGGGAAAAAUGUUCGCCAUGAAAUUUCCUACAAGCUGCAUGUAUUGGUUUUACUGGGAAAAAUAGGCUACCCUAAAUUAAAUGAACAUUUCUGAAAAAAGUUUCGAAAAAAUGCGAUUUUUUCGACACAAAUCCGCCUGGGAGAGUCCAAAAACUUAAAUUUUGGUCCAAUAUUGAUAGUGCAUCUUAAUCUAUGGACAAAAACCUAUCGUUUGAAGAUAAUACACACCUGAUCGAAACAGUUUUUGUAUUGAUUCCAAGCGAUUUUAGAAAAUUUGUUCAAAAAAGUGACUUUUUUCAGUAAAUCGACUAGGGGGUGCGAGAAAGUAUUUUAUUAUUUUUUCUUGUCUAAGAAAACAUUGUUCCUAACAUCAUAAUCUAUCAUUUAAGAAGUGAGCACCUGAAAUUCCUCGACAUGACCUCAAAAUGGGACAGGCUACUGUACAGCGAUGUGGCCGCGGUGAAGUCUCUGCUGCCGGGUUUUCUGAACCGGCCGUUAUCGGAAACAGAUUCCUGCCAGAUGACGCCCCUUGGCAAGCCAGUCGGCGGGAAGCAGUCUCCCCCAGACAAGCCGGAAGUCCCAGUUGAACCAAUGGAAGCAGCAAUGGAGCAGAGUGAAGGUCUGACAUCCCCACCGUCAGCUCUGCAAGUUCAACUCGUGGAGUCGCCCGUCUUUCGUCCUAAUUUGGAACCUGAAGGGACACCAGACCAAGGCAAACAACCGGAUCAAGAAGGAAAGUGGCAGCUUCAAGGUCGGAAGGGACGUUCGAAGAAGCGACCGGAGUCGUUUUUGCCUGGAGCAGAUACCUCGAAGAAGUUGCUGAGGUCGCAGUCACUUCGCUCGAGGAGUAGGAGUCAGCGCCGUCAUCCUAAGGGAGUUCCGGAGACAAGCGAGCCGCAGGGAGCGCUUUCGACGUCUGAUGGACAAUCGGACGACCAGAUCUUCAAAAAACCACUACCACCACCAUCCCCAUCCCCUGAACAACAGAAGUAAGUUUAAUUUUUAUCCUAAAAUGACCUUCUCGAAGAAAAUUGCCACCAUUAAUCUAAAUAGUAUUAAGACAGAAGUCAACAA